AUGGCUCCGAGCGCUGUCGGGUCGAAUCUCUGUACAUCAGCAUCUUGCGUACACAUCGCUUCCGAGAUUCUCGGAAGUUUGGCUUUGAACUACACCGACAUUGACCCAUGCGAAGACUUUGAACAAUAUGUUUGCGGCAAUUGGGCUGCUCGCCAUGAGAUCCCCGCUGGUGGAGUCUCCACAGAUGGACUCACGCUUGCUCAGGAAAAUGUCGACAGUGCCUUGAGGCAAAUCCUCGAGAGCCCGUACCCUUCCGGUGAAGACGCUGGAUGGAUCACAGUCAACCUGACUAAAGAGCAGUCCGAGGCAGAUAAGAAGAUCUUUUCUAAGAUCCAAGACACGUAUCAGAUCUGCAGCAAUUAUACAGCACUCGAAGAAGAUGGUCUCCAAACUCUGCAAGACGUUUUAAAGACGGUCGCCGAGCUGUACCCUACUAGCCCAUCAGGUAACCAGACAGCUGCAAACACGACCCAGCAUUCUGCUGCCCUGGGCAAGACCUUGACCUUCUUCGAGAGCGUUGGCAUUCAGACCUUCCAGCGGUUCAUACAGAAGCAGAAGGACACCGACCCUGAUGCGGUCCAACUAGUUCUUUUCCCUCUGCAGCCCGAUGAGUUGGUCCUCCCCGCUACAGAGCAGCAUCUCGAAGAGUACAUCAAGAUCGCGUCCCAGCUUUUGGCCACUGUCCAUCCCUCCAACAUCAGCACCACUGCAGCUGCCAAGCUCGUCGCGUCGGUGAUUGAGUUAGAAGGAAAAUUAGUCGCUGCUUCUGCUUCAGCCGAACAGAACGGACCGCCAUCGGAAAUUGUCACGAUUGCCGAGGCCCAGAAGCAAUUCCCUGAGCUGAAUUACGAAUACGUGAUUGAGCAGCUUGCUCCCAGCAAUUGGAAAGGCGAUGUCCAGUUUAUCGCGCCCACCUAUUUCGCCUAUGCAUCCCAAAUUAUCUCUGAGACUCCGGCUACAAUUCUCCAAGCAUACUUUGUAUGGAAGGCCAUUAAUUCCAUUUCCAUCUACGUCGAGGACGAUUUGACCAACGCGUAUAACGACCUGGUGAACAAGAUCAGGGACAGAGACCCAGAGAGCCCAGCACCACGAUGGAAGCGCUGCAUCAACUUGAUGAACUACGGCGUCGCAUGGACCCAAGGCUCUCAAAUUACUUCACAAUUCAUCGGCCCAACGGGCUUGACAUGGAUACUCUCACGCUUCUUCGUAGACAAGCAUUUUAGCCCUGAGGCUAACGAGCUUACAUCUGACCUUGUGCAACACAUCAAGGACUCCUUUUCAGAACGCAUUGAAUCGCGGGAUUGGGCUACGGACGAGGUCAAGAAAGCGUCUAUCGAGAAGGUGGAAGCUAUGGCGAAGAUCAUCGGUCUUCCUACCUUCCCUGAUGCCGUUGAUCCAAUUUCCCUCCAGGAAUACUACUCGGAUGUCGAGAUUCAGCCUUCUCUAGCCUUGACUGCGCUGAGCUUUGCUAAGUCCAAGGUUAAGAACAACUGGAUGACUUUGGGAAAGCCAUACAACAGAGGUCAAUUUGUUCUGAGCACUCUGACAGCAAACGCUUAUCACGCCCGUACUCUGAACCAGAUCGUUCUCUUCGCUGGAUUUCAACAGUUUCCUAUCUACGACGUAGAAUUUCCGUCUUAUCUUCUCUACGGUGGAAUGGGCAGCGUCGUCGGCCACGAGAUCACACACGGCUUCGAUAAUACCGGCCGUAACUCUGAUGAGAUUGGAAAUGCGACAGUGUGGUGGGACGAGCAGUCGAUCAAGGCCUUUGAAGAAAAGACCAAGUGCUUUGUGGAACAGUAUAACAACUUCACCAUUCUAGCGCCCAACGGCACAGACGUCCAUGUAAACGGAACCCUCACUCUUGACGAGAAUAUUGCCGAUGCUGGGGGUGUGUCUUCCAGCUACGAAGCGUGGAAGAAGUGGGAAGCCGAGAAAGGCAAGGCCAAGAAUCUUCCUGGGUUACAAGGCUUCACGCACGAGCAACUCUUCUUCAUCAAAUGGGGCCAGACUUGGUGCUCCAACGUUCCGCCCAAAUUGGCCUUGACGCUGCUUAAGGACGACGUGCAUAGCCCGGCACCCGCGAGAGUUUUGCUGCCUCUGAAGAACACUGUUGGGUUUAACAAGGCAUUUAACUGCCCUAAGAAGGAACCUGUUUGUGAGCUCUGGUGA